CUCUACUCUGAUCGCCAUAUUGUUUUGGCUUCGUCUAUGCUUUCGGUUUUCGGUUCCAGACCUGUUUAUAUGACCAUGGUUAAAACUAACAAAAUACUACAAGCCUAGCAUACCUAAUCAAUAUUACGAUCUAUUUAUUAAAUUAUUAUUCGAAAAAGAUACAUUUUUUGUUUUUAAUGGUGAUAUACAAUAUGAACAUAGCUUUUCUACAGGAUAUUAUAAACAAAACAUUAGAUCCCAUGUAGUUUUUUUUAUUAUUGAUUUUCCGAAGAGACUCGAAAUAAACCGAAUAUCAACGAUGAUUAUACCGUGCGCUAACCUGUCAAUUUGAUUUGCGCAAGUAUGAUCGGUGUCUGUCACAUCCGCUCCUUCUAAUUAAAUAUUUAAACGCAUAAAUAUGCAAUUAUAUUGCAUAAAUCAGUGGUUGCAGUGCUAUUUUUUGUUUUAAGUUUUUGUAUCUGUACUGUAUAUUAUAAAUCUUUAAACGUAGUAAAAAAUGUCGGAUAUACGUAAAAGAACAAUCGGAGAUACAUCGCCAGAAACGCGCGAUGUCAGUGAUGAUCAGAAAGAAGAUGUGGAAUCUGAAGAUGAUGCAAAGCUGGAAGUUGAGGAAUUGGCUAAAGCCAUACCACAAGGAACAGAUCAUACUCCUCACAUAUUGAAUUCAGCUCUUUCUGGCUUAUCCGAUCGCUGGAGGAAUUGGGUAAUUAGGAGUAUUUUUACCUUGUUUAUGAUUGUUGGAUUUUGUGGUAUUAUUUAUAUUGGACCAUUAGCACUGAUGGCUACAACAUUAAUUGUUCAAGUAAAAUGUUUCCAAGAGAUCAUUAACAUUGGGUAUGCAGUUUACAGAAUUCAUGGUUUACCUUGGUUCAGAUCUUUAUCAUGGUAUUUCUUAAUUACUUCCAAUUACUUCUUUUAUGGAGAAAAUUUAAUGGACUAUUUUGCUGUAGUAAUUAACCGUACAGAAUAUUUACGUGUACUUGUUACAUAUCAUCGUUUUAUUUCCUUUUGUCUAUAUAUUGUUGGUUUUGUAUGGUUCGUACUAUCACUUGUAAAAAAGUAUUAUAUGAAACAAUUUUCCUUAUUUGCUUGGACUCAUGUUGCUCUACUUAUUGUCGUAACUCAAAGUUAUCUUAUAAUUCAGAAUAUUUUUGAAGGCUUGAUAUGGUUCAUUGUUCCAGUUAGUAUGAUAGUGAUAAAUGAUGUAAUGGCAUAUAUGUUCGGGUUUUUCUUUGGUAAAACGCCUUUGAUUAAAUUAUCACCAAAAAAAACUUGGGAAGGUUUUAUAGGUGGUGGUAUUUCGACAGUCUUGCUUGGUUUACUGGUAUCAUACAUCAUGUGUCAGUAUCGUUACUUUGUUUGUCCUAUAGAAUAUAGUGAGGCUUUAGGACGAAUGACUAUGGAUUGUGAACCAUCUUCUUUGUUUCAACCUCAAGAAUAUAUUUUGCCUAAUAGUUUGCAAGUUGUAUGGAAAAUGUUUAGUGGAAAGUCCACCAUAACUCUGUAUCCAUUUUUACUUCAUUCAUUAUCAAUGUCAGUAUUUAGUUCUGUAAUUGGACCAUUUGGAGGCUUUUUUGCUAGUGGUUUUAAGAGAGCAUUCAAAAUUAAGGACUUUGGAGAUGUUAUUCCUGGUCAUGGAGGAAUAAUGGAUAGAUUUGACUGUCAGUAUUUAAUGGCAACAUUUGUAAAUGUCUAUAUAUCUUCAUUUAUCCAAACUGCUUCACCUCAAAAACUUCUACAGCAGGUUUAUAACUUAAAACCAGAGCAGCAGCUGCAGUUGUUUCAAACUUUAAAAGAUUCCUUACAAAACAGAGGUUUAUUGAAUGUCUAUUGAUGUUCCAGUAUUAACAGUAAUUAUUAAUAAUCAAUUACUUUGAAAUAGUGAAAGGUGUUAGGAAUAUUAUUUCUAACAUUUAUUUUGAUAUUGCGUAAUGUUUGCGCAAACAGCAUUAAUAAUAUUAAUGACAAUGCAUAUGUUAUACAAAUAACAUUAACAAUAUUAGUUGCAAAGUAUCCUAAAUUGAAUUAUAUAACGAUAAAAUUUAUUUUAUAAUUAGAAGCUAAGAAACAUGCAACAUUUGUAGUUCUUUUGCAUUCCGCGUCAAGCAGUCCAUUUUCUACCAAAAAUUUUUAUUAAACUGUAAUGAUGAUAGAAAUUUGACUACAUGUUUCUUUCAUAAUAGUUAGACCAAAGAACAUUGAGCAUACUGUAUCUCAUAGAAAACAAACUUCCAAUUUCUCAUAAAUAUUUGAGACGUUUAUUAAAUAUUUUUUAAAUGUUUUUCUUUAAUAAAUUCUAAUAUAAUAAUGACUUCACUAAUACAUAAAUUUUAUGUAAAUGUUUACUCAAGAUUAGAUAUACAUACUUAAAUCAAUCAGAUCUCAAUAUAUUUAUAUAUUUUUAAAUCCUUAUUGUGCAUUUAGUAAUUGUAGUAUUAGAUGUGAAUCUCAUAAAGGUUUUUUCAUGCAUAUAAUUUGAGGUAAUAGAUGGUAUUCGACAGCUUAUUUUAUUUGAGAAAACUGUAAUUCUACUAUUAAUUGUUAUAUAAAAUAUUUCUUUAAUUGUUAUCAACUAUACAUAUAUUGAAAACCUUUGAUGACAAAUCACAAUAGAUUUUAACAUUUUUAUUAGAAUCAGUGCCAUUCCAUCAUGAUAUUUUGUUAUAUUAGCUAUGAAACAUUUGCAAAGAAUAUAAUCUAAAUAAAAUAAAAUAUGUUAUUACUAUUCUCUUGUUGAAUUGUCUCAAAUACUUUUGUAUACAAUAAUUAUUGAAUAUCAUGGCACUGAAUGUUACUUUAUUUUAAUUGUACAUAGAAGUUUGUAUAAAAAAGAUAGAGUUUAUUUCUUAUAUCUUCAAUUUUAUUACAAAUAAAAAUUAAAUGGAAAUGUAACAAUUUUUCACAAUUAGUAUCAUUUUACUAAUUUUUAUUACUUAUUUCAUAUCAAUAAAAUUAAUGUAUAAAGUAAAACAUAAAAUGUGCAGAGCUUGAAAGUUUUGAUUGAAUUAAAAUACUGAGUAAAAUACAAAAUAUUAUUUCAAAUUAUUUUAUACUAUAAUUAAAAUUGUGCCAAUAAUUCGUACAAGUAAAUGAAUCUUAUGCUUGUGUGAUUAUUUAGAAGAUAACAAUAUGGCACAACUAGUAACAUUGUUGUGUGAUUACAUUACAUUUCCAGUUGAAUGUUUACAUAUAUUUUACAUGAUUAGCUUACAUAUACUUUAUAGCAAAUUAUACAAUGUACCUAACUCUAAUUAAAUAUUUGUAUUUUCUUUUAUCACUAGAUGUUUAUACAUUGUCUCAAUAUUGGAAAUAGAAUGUUAAAGUAACUUAUAUGUGUAUAAAAAUUAAAAACAAACAAUAAUAGAUAAAUAGAUAAAUGCAAGUAUAUUUAUUUAAUAGAAGAGUAUAAUAUAAAAUAAAUAUAUGUAAAUGGAAAAUUUUGUGAAAUAACAGAUAUGUUAUUAUAACUAUAGAUUCUUAACUAAAAGUGACUUAAGUUUAAAUAUAUAAUAUAUUUAUGUAGUAGUACAAGAAAAUAAACUUCUUGGAGAUAUUACUCCUUGUA